AUGGAUUGUUGCCGACCGACACAGCACCGUGCAUCCAGUCAGUCGCAGUCAGUCGUCAGUCAGUCAUCCGGUCAGUCAGUCGGCCAGUCAGCCAGUCUCAGACCAGCAACAAUCGUACCUUGCCCUCCACCACCUACAAGUCAUAUAAAUACUCUACCCUCCACGAUCAUUCAUUGCCUCCAUCGCAAACUAAGCUUAGCUUUGAUUCAAUAUAUUAAGAUCAUGAUACCAAAUAAGGAGUUCUACGGUGUGGACCAUGUCACAUUCUGGGUCGGUAACGCUUUACAGGCGGCCACUUGGUACACGGCAAGACUGGGCUUUGAAACGAUUGCCUAUAGGGGGCUGGAAAAUGGUGAUCGUCAGUAUUCGACUCACGUCGUUAGACAAGGCCGCAUUACACUUGCAUUCACAUCGGCGCUGGACCCCCAGGACCAUGAGUUUGCCAGACAUAUGCGUAUGCAUGGCGAUGGCGUCAAAGACAUUGCCUUCUCCGUGUCCAACGUCCACCUAACCUACAACGAGGCCAUCCUCGCCGGAGCCCAACCCAUCCAUCCACCACGCACCCACCACGAUGCCAAUGGAUCCCUCACGAUCGCAACUAUCGCCAGCGCAUAUGGCGACACGACACAUACAUUUGUGGAGCGAUCAAAGUAUGAUGGAGCAUUCUUGCCUGGAUACGAGGUAGCAAAGCAUCGCGACCCAUUGGCAAUGUUGACCCCACCAAUUGGUCUGUUGGACAUCGAUCACAUCGUCAGUAACCAUCCCGAGAACCACAUGGAGCGCAUCGCGCAGUGGUACGAGCAGGUGCUCAACUUCCACAGGUUCUGGUCCAUCGACGAUAAGUCACUCAACACAGAAUUCUCGUCGAUGCGUACCAUCGCCGUCACGGACGACCAUGAGCGCGUCAAACUGCCCCUCAACGAGCCCGCCAGUGGCAAACGCAAGAGUCAAAUUCAAGAGUACGUCGACUACUAUGCUGGCUCUGGCGUGCAACACAUCGCCCUCACCACCGACAACAUCAUCGAGUCGGCAAUCAACCUCAGGAAACGAGGUAUUCAAUUCCUAAAUAUACCUACCGAGUAUUAUACGGCAUUGAGGAAGAAGUUGGCAACAGCAUCAAUCAAGGUUAGAGAGGAUAUAGAUGUUUUGGAGCAACUUCAGAUACUGGUCGACUAUGAUGACAAAGGAUACUUGCUCCAGAUAUUCACAAAGAAUGCUCAAGAUCGUCCAACAGUCUUCUUUGAGAUCAUUCAACGCAACAACUUCAAUGGCUUUGGUGCUGGCAACUUCAAGGCCCUCUUUGAGGCCGUCGAGAGAGAACAACUCAAGAGGGGUAAUCAAUGA